AUGACUGAAAGUGAUGUCUCGACUGACUGCUCCUCGCCUAAAAGAUAUGCAGAAGAAUAUACGGAUCAGCAAAUCUUGAAAUGGGCUGGGAAGUUGGAACUCGAAUCUGUAGACUUGAGGGACAAGUCUGAGAAGCUCAUACAUCUUCUCGAGGGCAAUUCAAAAGUUUUGAAGACCUCCUUUGAGAAACUGAAUGAGGUGACUGGUGGGCUCAAAGAUCUGAAAGAAGUUCACGAAAAGCUCCAGCAGAUGAAAAGCGCAGUUCAGAAGGCAGGAAAAGAACAAAGCAGUCGUACGGCAGGUGUCAAAAAGCUUGAAAAACAAAUUGAGGGUGUACUGCAAGGCUUUUCAAAGUCGUACUCGCUAGAUGUUGUACGAGCGCAAAAGGAAAUCAUCGGAAGUUUUGGGAAACUUGAAGCUAAGUUUGAAGAACGCCUCGAGGAGUUUACGUCGGUAGGUACUUCAACCCUCACAAAAGCCCUUGCCGAGAGUGCAGGUGUUUUCAAAGACAUGGAAUCCCGACUAGACGCUAAAAUGGGGAGCUUCGCUGAAUCCCAUUCUGCGCAUUUCGAAAAGGCUGUGAAAGAAGUUCACAAUGAACUAGUCAAUUUGGUUAGGCAAUCCGCAGGUUUAACCCAAGUUUUGUCAUCGAUGUCGACAGAAACAAUGCGAGUAUCGCAGCGACAAUUACAUUUGGAACAGCAAGUAUGCAGUCUGAAAGCCGACAUAGCCAAUUUACGCGGGAACUGCAUCAACAGAAAAGAAAUUAUAUCUUCAAAUGCGCAUGACUCCAAAGUUACUAAACCCGUUUCUCCAACUUGUUCCAAAGAACAAACGCGCCACAGGAGGGCCCAGACCACACUUGCAACACGUUGGAUAAUUCCGUGGGAUGAGAUUUCCGAUUCCGAAACAUUACUUUCAUCAGAGUUAUAG